AUGGAAAGCUCUCCUCGGGAUACCACAAAGAAGCUUAAGGUUCGAAAGCGUCGUGACAUCAUAGAUAAACCCACAAAUGGCAUCGACGCCCAAAGCCGCCUAGAUGAAGCCGCCGAGGAACGUGCCCUUAAGAAGUGCAAAACAUCAGUCGGCUCCACAAAUAUCAAGGAUGUUCCCAACAAGAGGUCAACGAGACGGGAGAUUGCCUGGCGCGACAUCCCAGUUUGGAAGCAUGACCGCUCCCCUUUCAUGGAAUUACCUCUCGAGAUUCUUGACACGAUAACUGACCCCCAAAAUGGGCUUAUACUUUCAGACUAUCUUGCAUUAUCAGGAGUAAAUCGGGGGAUUAGGCGCCUAUUCACAGCGGUUGUUUGGGAGAGACUAUACUUGUAUAUGACUUCGCUCAAGCAAACACUGAUAGGUUGCGGGCCAAAUUUCGAGGAGCGCUUUAAACUGGCAGGCUGUACUGUUAGGACCAUCUGGAGUACUGGCUGGUUGGCGAUUCGCAGUGGCGAAAUCAUCACGUUCAAUUGUGGUGAUAGCCUUUGCAAGACCAUGGUGAGGAAAUAA